UUUCGCAUUUCUCAGUUCUCGAUCACAUUCUCUCCUCUUCUUCCAUCCAUAACCCAAAUCCAAAAUAUAUCUCUCUCUUUUUGUAAGAAGAGAAAACAAAAUGUUGCGGUCCCUUACGAGAACCGCAGCAUCAAAUCAUGAUUCAUGGCGCAACAAACUCACCACAACAAUCUCAUCUCUAAAUUUUUCUUCCAAGCCUCACACAAAGUCCACACCCGCUUCCAAAACCCCCAUCACCACUGCUCCCGCCGACAGCUUCUUCGACGAACAGGAACGUCUCCGCAACCUCACUGCCGACGAAAAGAAUCCUUCUCUCAACGUGGGCCCCAACGGCCGACCCCUCUUCACUGCCGCCCCAUCACUCUCUAAACUCACCAACAACGACACCUGCACCUACUUCCAGCUCACGAAGGAGGCAUUGGAUGCUGUUUUGCCUGAAGGGUUGCCGAUGGGUAUGGAGAAGGAGUUUAAGGACUCCAUGCGAAAUGCUUUGCUUGUUCGCCAGAGCUUUUUGGAUCUUCGUGAUAACUUCAGGCGUGUCGUUGAUCCACCAAUGUGGUCACCUCAUGGUAAAGGGGUCAAAGUUAGGAAGCAAGUUGUUUUAGAUGGUCCUGUUAGCAGUGGGAAGAGCAUUGCACUUGCAAUGCUUGUGCAGUGGGCCAGAGAAGAAGGUUGGUUGGUUUUCUAUGUUCCUAAAGGAAAGGAAUGGACUCAUGGAGGAUUUUUCUAUAAGCAUCCGCAGACGGGUCUAUGGGAUACACCUGUCCAGGCCGAGUAUGUCCUCAAAGAUUUCAUGAAGUACAAUGAAUCCUACCUAAAGCAACUACCAUGCCAAAUAUAUGAUCCAAUCCCAUUAGGUGAGGGUGCUGGUGUUGGAUGGUUGAAAGAUGCUGAUUCCUUGGCUGUUCCUGAAGGUACAAUGUUAUAUGAGCUUGUGCAGACUGGCAUUGAACAAACACAUGCAGCUGUUGGAGUGGUAGUUCGUUUGAGGAAAGAGUUAUCACUUGUUAAGGACAUGCCUGUUCUUAUUGCAAUUGAUCAAUAUAAUAAUUGGUUUACAUUCAGUGAGUAUGAGGAACCUGUCACAAUUCGUUCUUGUCGGCCAAUACAUGCUAAAGAACUUACAAUGGUGAAAGCUUUUAGGUCAAUGAUGCAUGAUGAUAUGAUGGUAGGGGCUUUUUCUCAUUCGACAGCUGUAGGAAAGCUUCGUAAAGAUUUGCCGGAUGUUCCGGUAGAUGCUCGUGCUAUGUUUCCCCGUUACAGUUUAGAGGAAGCGGAGACUGUUUGUCAUUAUUAUUUAAGGCAAAGGCUUAUCCGACGUGAAGCAUUCUCCGAAGAUAAUUGGAAGAAAAUUUACUUCCUAUGCAAUGGGAAUGGAACAGAGAUGAGGGGGUUAGUUCCUUUCAUGCGAUGACAGACAUCAGAUGCAUUAUUAUUAAUUUUUUUAACCAAUGAGAUUUGUUCUGACUGUCAUCCAUAAUAAUAUUGAUGUUUCUCAUUUUAUUGAGCUAUUUUCAUCAUAGGAUAGGAUACAGUUGAUUACUAUGAUCCAUUUUAAUCUGUUUAACUUGCUUUAAAACUUGUUCUCAGAGGCAUUGUAAUGAGUGUAUUUCAGAUUUUGUACAUCUAGAUAACUUCUUUAUUAUAAAAAUAUAAAUUUAAUUUAAAA